AUUCUUUGUAUCUGUUGUAGUUUCCACGGAAAUAAAUAGGAAGCAUUACUUUUUGAGCAACCUACGUGUAUUCACCAUAAAAUGUCCAUCAUAAAGCACAUUCAGUAUAAGCCUAUGAAGUUUUCUGAAGAUUAAUAGAUUCUCUAUUGGGAAUCUGUCAUAUUGUCUAUCACAAAUGGCCUCUUCCAACAAAGUGUUGAUUCUUUUCCUGACAGUUGAGGUCAGAAGGGAAAUGGUCAACUGUGUCUUUUCCUCUGAUUUUCACAAUGACUGUGUGAGGCAAUUACUCAUAGUAGGAGGUAACUGCAGACUGAAAGCCAUAUGUCAAUCCUGGAAUAGACAAUAUGCAAAGAUGCAAAGUAAUACAGAAAAUCAGUUCAUGUAUUAUUUAAAUUUAGACUUUUUGAGGUUGAAGUUUAUAAUAAUAUCAGUGCUUUGCUAUAAGUCAGUAUUGUUUAAUAAUACUUUAGGGGCAAGCUACCUGCAGUAGGCCCUCUGGCACAGGAUAAUUCUAUGUGGCUCAGGACAUCUGUUGAGGUGGAGUAUUUUGCAAACUGGUUGUCCAUUGCCAUACACUCUGGGUAGCCAUCUGACAAAAACUGUGGUUGCAUGAAGUCAGUGUUCCCUGCCAGGAAUCAGCAAUUUUUCAGUAACUGGCUGUGUGCAUGCUCUUGCUCCAUGCUGAAGUGCAAGAUAGCAUUAUUUCAACAAGAAGCAAGUUACCUUGUGCUGUUGAGAAAUAAGAGCAUGCACAUGGACAGUGACCUUUGCUAAUACUUCCGAAAAUAUCGGCUUAAAAUAAAUCAAGCUUACAAAGUUUGUGUGUGUAGGAAAGAGUAACAUAUGCAUUAUAUUCUAGCUAUUAGCCCAAUAACCAGAAAAAUAUAAAUCUACUUUAGGACACUUACUUACUCUGACUGAAGUUUAGAGCAGCCUAGAAAAUUGAUCAGUGCAGUUAUACAGAUUGACGUAAGACUGAUCACAGAAUUUUUGAAAGCUGCCUAGAAACUGCAAACUGCUUUGUUUUAUGAUGUAACCUGCUCCUUGGCAGCACUUAGAGUCAUAGACACAGGCUUCAUAUGCUGAGAGUCACUGAACAGGACUGUCCCACAGCCUUAAUAUUUCCAUAAACCUGACUACUGCAGAAACGAACUUUUAAAAGAUGGCACUGACUAGGUUCACUCUGAACAGGGUUAUUAACACGGAAAAUACAGGCUGUAUAUUUGCAAACUGUUAUCAAAAAUAGCGUGAACGUUGUUAACUGCAGAGUUAGCAAUCAGUGCAGAAUCCCAAUUUUUUAAUUUACUGUUAGCAAAGGCAAAAGUUCAAGUGCAAUAAUAUUCAACUAUCGGUCAAAAUGUAUGGUCCAGGAGAGACAUGGGGAAUUGUAAAUAUAGCUAUGUACAGUUAAAUUUGCUACUUAGGUAGUACUGAAGCACUAGCUAAGUACAGUAUUUCCAUGUGAUGUUUACCCAUCUCUCAACUGCAUAUUUAGAUUUUACAUUCAGUGUGACUUUUUUGUUUAACCAUGGGAGCUGCCUGCUCGCACUCCCUCACGCUGGAGGAGUACUCUCUAAUAGGCAAAAGUGAUUUGGAAGCCAAGUGUUCAUGAUAUGAUCAAGCUAGCUGACAGAGAAGAAGAACGCUCUUUUGAAUAAUGGAUGAAAACGAAUCCCGCCUGGAUGCUGAAACGCUUGCAAUGCUUCAAAAUAAAGCUAUCUCCAUCACUCUCCCAGUGGUGUAUACAGUGGUGGCUAUUAUCAGUAUCCCUGGCAACUUGUUCUCCCUUUGGGUGCUCUGCUGGCACAUCAAACCCAAAACACCUUCUGUUAUCUUCAUGAUCAACCUGAGCAUCACGGAUCUCAUGCUGGCCUGCUGCUUUCCCUUCCAGAUUUCUUAUCACAUUCAGAGCAAUCACUGGACCUUUGGCAAGAUUCUUUGCAGCCUUGUGACUGUGAUGUUCUACUCCAACAUGUAUUCUUCCAUACUGACUAUGACCUGUAUCAGCGUAGAGAGGUACAUGGGUGUGGUGUAUCCCAUGAAGUUGGUCAAGUGGAGGAGAAAAAGAUACGCCCUGGGUGCCUGCGUGGUAAUGUGGAUUUUCUUGCUACUGGCUUUCUACCCAUUGGAAAGCACAGAUCUGACUUAUGAAGUGAAAGAACUGGGGAUUAUAACCUGUUUCGAUGUCCUCAAAUGGGAAAUGCUGCCCAACUUCGCAGCCUGGGUAGCCUUUCUUCUCACCCUAUUUGUCGUGCUCUUCCUGAUUCCUUUCAUUGUAACAGUUGGAUGCUACAUGGGCACUAUUCGGAAGCUUAUUCAGUCAUCAAGCAGAUAUGGUGACAGGCAGAAGACUAGAUCCAUAUACCUGGCAAUUAUAGUCCUUUUGGUAUUCAUCACUUGCUUCGCCCCCAAUAAUUUUAUCCUACUUGCACAUAUGAUUGUCCGUCUGUUUUACAACAGGAGUUUGUACCCUGCCUACAAGCUCAGCUUAUGCUUAAGUUGCCUCAACAACUGCAUAGAUCCCUUCAUUUAUUAUUUUGCAUCUAAAGAAUUUUACCAGAAAUUCAUGCAAGUGUUUCGCCCUAAGGUACCACUCAGUGACAGCUUGGAAACCAGAAGAGAAAGCUUAUUUUCUGGCAGAACGAUGUCAGUCAGGUCGAUGUCAAGUGGACCUAUGGAUGGGCUAGAGGGAGUGAAGAUCUGUUUGCAAAGGCAAGAAAGUGUGUUCUAGCCUUAGGCAGGGAAGCACCUCUAAGUUCCACAGGCAGAGGCAGAAAGUGUUUCUUUUUGAAUAGCUACUCCCAAAAUAACUUUCUCCAGUGACAGACAUCAAACCGUACUCAUACUGUGCCUGCUACUUUAGUAAACAACUGUUUGCUGAUAAGAACUGGACGCAUAAAAGGAACUGAGUUUAUUCAAAAAAAACACUGAAGAAAACCCAACAAAGUUUUUUAAGGGUUGACCUGGAAUUAGUCCAAAGGAUAACUUUAGAACAAGAAUUACAUUUAAGUUGUAUGAUUUCAAGCAUUACCCAAAGCCUGACGUCCUAGAUGAAUGUGAAAUAUUACUGUAUAUGAGUUAAAGCUUAUGCUGAGGAGGGAUUUGGGGGAGGGGAGUUAUUUUUCUAAGCAAAGUGCUUUGGGUUUUUUUUUUAAUGUAUUGCUUUCUCUCUUGUAUUUUUAUAAAAUAAUGAGUAAAUGUAGCUUGUCGUUUUACCAUUAAUGCUUAAUACAUAGCCACUGUGAAUUCACCACAACACUCACCCAACUGUUUAUCGGAAUCAAACCACACUAACCUUUGAAAAGGUUAGACUGACUCAUAUUAUUUACUUCAAUUUUAUCUAGCAAAAUAUCUCAUGCAAUGAAAGAAAAGCUAAAACUAAGAGUAUUUGAGACCACUGUAACUGCUGCAUGGAUUACAUUUUCAUUGCCUGAAAUUAUUAAUUUCUCAGGAUGGAGAAGGAAGUAAAAGAAGAGAGGAUAACUUAAUGUGUUUAAAGUAAAAACAAAACAAAAAAGAAAAAAGAAAAAACACACCAGAAACACUGUUUACUUACUUGGGACUGUAGUGUCCAAGUCCAGAACAUACAGUGCCAUUUUCUUUGAGCAUUCCCUACACAGUUGCCUGCUCCACCCCUCUACCAAAAGAAACAAUAAAUAUAAAAAAAAAG